AUGGGCAACGGAGCCAAAGCACAGCAGAAGCGCGAUCGCGCCGCCGAUAAGGGCCCCAAGGAAGCAAAGAGCCAGCUGAAGUCGAACGCCAGCGCACAAUCGGUCAAGUGCAAGACAUGCUUCCAGACCUUCCAGAGCACCACCGCGCGCAAACUGCUCACCGAGCACGCCUCCAACAAGCACACCAAGAAUUUUGAAGACUGCUUCAACGCUGAGGAUGGCGUUGUCAAGAAGUAG